GGGGGAGGGCCUGCAGGUCUGUUCACUGGGCUAACUAAAGUCCAUCAACAAGCUAGUUAGCAGUGAGCGAUAUGAUGAACGCCAGCGGUGAUGCUUUAGCAAAAAGAAAACAUGGACAAGCUAACUGAGAUAUAUUCCGGUGCAUUGACAAUCACUUUUCAACGCUAGCUGAGGACUAUUUCAGGUGGUUGUAAUUAGCUGCUUCAUUCAUGCGGUCGCUGGUGCACCGGGGAGUUUGAGCUCCGAGUGGCGAGCAAGCUCAGUCAUCAGCUCGCAGGGACAACUGGGACAACACGGCUCACUCACCGAGUAGGAGCAUGGUGGUCCCGGACAGUGCCAGCGUGGUCUCCCAGGCUGACAAUGGCAGUCAAACUGGCCUAAUGGAGAGCUCCAAGCUCGGGUGCGAGGAGGACGAAGAGGAGGGUCAGGACCUGGCAGGGGUGGAGCUGGAGGAGGUCCGAAAGCUGCAGGAGCUUGUUCGUAGGUUGGAGGUCCAGAAUGAAACCCUGCGCAACAGAGGGAGCAAGACUAUCACCCACAGAGGAGCCAGUCUCACAGCUGCUGUCAAUAUCAAUGAGAGGCUGACUUGUGAAGAGGUGACCAACUCUCACCUCAGAUUGGAGCACAGUGGCGAGCUGAGCAGCAUAGACUUUGAGCUGUCUCCCCCCCAGGACAGCAGCAGCAGUGGUGAAGACAUGUCUCCUCUGCCCAUGGCCAACAGGCUGGAGGGAGAGGAUGAUGAGGACGACCAGGGUCCAUGUGGGGGCUUUCUCACCUUGACCUGCAGCAACGGAGCGGGACACUGCCAGACGCCGGAGAGCCCCUCUCAGGAAAGUUAUGAGUCAGAGACACUUGCAGACAGCGACUCUGGGGUGGACCAAACUGCACUGGAUGAAUUGGAUGUCCUAGAUUUGGAGGAUGCGUGUGCAGAAGUAGACGACAGUUGGUUGUAUGUGUCUUCGAAAAAGCAAGUAGCAGAUCAAGGCCCAGACUCUCCGUUGAAGUGGUGUCGACAGGCUCUUGACCACCGCAGCCCGGAGACAGAAAUAGCUUGUCGGACCCUGAUCAGCCGCUUGGACCAGACGUCUCGAUGGAGGAACAUGUACAGUAGCCCAUCAGCAGAGGCGGGCUCGGCAGGCUCGGCAGGCUCAGGCCUGAUCUCUCCUGGGUACCACAAAUCAACUAACAAAUCCCUACUAACCUGUGGCAGCUCAGGUGCUACAGCCUCCGUGCACUCAGCCCUGAGCUCGCAGUCUUCCAUAGACAGUGAGCUCAGCACAUCAGAUGACUCCAUCUCUAUGGGCUAUAAGCUGCAGGAUCUCACUGAUGUCCAGAUCAUGGCUCGCCUACAGGAAGAGAGUCUGAGGCAGGAUUAUGCUUCCACCUCAGCAUCUGCAUCACGCCGCAGCUCCACAACCUCUCUGCAGUCCCUGCGUCGGGGUGGCACCUACAGCGAUCAGGAGUUUGAUAGUUAUAGCCUGGAGGACGAAGAGGAUGAGUUCUGCUCCAUGCCCCAGCGACGACAUCGCUUCACGCCUUCGCCCUUAGGCUCACCACGGUGCCUGUCUCCCUCCACCUCCAAUCAAGGUCAGGAAUACAGCAGCCGACUCGGGGCCCCACGCACAAGAACACCCAGGCGAUCUCUCCAGGGCCCCAGUGCAGAGCUACUUAAAUUUGCCAAGAGUGAGGAAGAGUUGAGGCACAGCAUGCCUAAUCUGGCCCCCCGCACCAGCCUACGUUCCCUGGAGGCAGUCAGGAACAGCCGCAGCAUGGAGGCUAACCUCCAGAGCUCUGGCAACCGCAUGUCCCACCUGACUCACUCCCCCUCCACAGGUAUGGCUUGUAGUCGGCUGCGUAGUGGCCAGUCACCUCUCUCCCUACGGACUCCAGUUAAAGCUGUCCCUUCCGGGGGCUCUAUGGCAGCAGGUCGUCCUUCCAGAGGUCUGCCUGUUGUCCAAGCACCACCUACAGGUGGGGGCCGCAGGGUCCAGUCCCCAGGCUCUGCCAAUAACGGAGCCUACAUACCCGGGAGAGCCUCAGCUGGGGUAGGGAGAGCCGCCGUGGGCCGAGGACAGGCAUCUACCAGAAGUAAACUUUCACAGCCCCCCAGGAGGUCUUUGGGCAUGACUAAAAUGUCAGAUGAAUCCUGGAAAGAUGGCUGUUACUGAGCCUGGCCGGUGAUGAAGGAUGUUCAGCUGACCUCUACCCUUUACAUCUCAUAGUACAAAGAACACAGCCACCGUGUCCACAAAUGUGUCGUACAACCUUUCGGUUUCCUAAUUUCACACUGGAGCGCAGGGCUGCACUGGAUUCGUAGUCAAGACUCAUCACUUUCCCUCGCAUGAAACAUUGUCAACCCACACAGAGAGGCUGUGUAGGCAGACAAGAAGGCACACAUGCACAAUCCACUUGUGAUACGGACCGACUCUGAGCUUCCAGAAGAUUUGUUUGUGUCAAUUUUAGUUAUUUUUCUAUGGUAAUUGUGAGAAACUGCUGGAAUAUUAAAGGUUGUAUUACUGUUCUAUUGAUGUAAUUGAUAUGAAGACAAUUUAAAUGAAGAUAUUGGUGGUUUGUUACUUUUCUGUGUGAAUUCCUACUAGAUGAAGGUGCUGAGUGUCGCAUGCUCGUUGUUUUUCCCCUCAUCGUGUAACUGCAAUAUGACAAAUCUUCCAUGUGUCCCACAAUGAUCUGUGUGAAUUUAUGAAUGUUUGAUUGGUUCAUUGUAAAAUUAUCUAGUUUUGUGUUGUAUUUGAGUUUUGCUCUUUGCUUACACAGCAAUGAAACUCACAUAAACCACACUGCCCUUAUAAAUAAUACAAAAAUGGAAAUAUAUGGUAUGUGCCAAGGUGCAUUUCCGCUGCAACACACUUUUUAAUUCAGAAGAAUCUUAAGUCAUCAAAGGUACUGUUAUAAUACUGCAUUUUGCAGGCAUUUUUACUGCAUAUCUAUAGGUGGUUUUGAGUGUGCUUUUGGAUACCACUGUAAUGAAGAAAAUGUUUAUGCACGAAGGCCUUGUGCCUUAGACAGCUAUGCACCCUCAUACAGAGUGCCUCUGACAAUUAGGAGCUGUACUGAAAAUUAAUAAUAAAGUCUACCCUGAUAUAUAA